AUUACGUCACUUCGGAAAUGGCUGCCUCCUGUUAGUAAACCAAACCUGUUGUUGACACUUUUUUUUACCCUGCCAUAAAACACAAGAACCACACAUACAAGACGAAAGUACACGGAAAUAAGCAUGUCUCCAAAGAUCACAGGAGAGCUGCUCAGGCAUCUCCGCCAGGUGAUGAAGAAUUGUAAAUACGUCUCUGAGCCUCUUCAAGCGUACAUUAUACCCUCUGGUGAUGCACAUCAGAGUGAAUACAUUGCGCCAUGUGACUGCAGACGGGAGUUUAUCUGUGGUUUCAAUGGCUCAGCAGGUACAGCCAUCGUCACAGAGCAGUACGCUGCCAUGUGGACUGAUGGGCGUUAUUUCCUUCAGGCCACCCAGCAGAUGGACAAUAACUGGACCCUUAUGAAGAUGGGACUGAAGGAGACACCCUCUCAGGAGGAUUGGUUGAUUAGUGUCUUGCCAGAGAACUCCAAAGUGGGGGUGGACCCUUGGAUUAUUGCUGCAGAUCAAUGGAAAGCCAUGUCCAAGGCACUGACCAGUGCUGGUCAUUCUCUCAUAGCAGUGCAGGACAAUCUCAUUGAUGUGGUCUGGAAUGACCGUCCACAAAGGCCUAGCACGCAGCUCCGUAGUUUGGGAUUGGACUACACUGGUAUGUCAUGGCAAGAUAAGAUCACAGCAUUACGAGCAAAGAUGAUGGAAAGAAAAAUGUCCUGGUUCAUUGCCACAGCACUUGAUGAAAUAGCAUGGCUUUUCAACCUCCGUGGGGCAGAUAUCGAGUAUAACCCUGUCUUCUUUGCGUAUACCAUUGUGGGGAUCAACACAAUAAGGCUUUUUGUUGACAUGAAACGUCUAGCUGACCCAGCACUGAGAGAGCAUCUGCAGCUGGACUCACCUAGCAAGCCUGAACUUCACAUUCAGACGUUCCCUUAUGAAUCAGUAUACACUGAGUUGCAGGCCACCUGCGCCGCGCUUGGACCAAAGGACAAAGUGUGGAUCUGUGACAAGGCCAGUUGUGCUCUCACGCAGGUCAUUCCCAAGGCCCACAGGUCUCCCAUUCCCUACACGCCACUCUGCCUCGCCAAAGCUGUGAAAAACUCAACAGAGAUUCAAGGCAUGAAAAAAGCCCAUAUCAAGGAUGCAGUCGCUCUUUGUGAACUUUUUGCUUGGUUGGAAAAAGAGAUUCCAAAAGGCACUGUCACUGAAAUCUCAGCCGCUGACAAGGCUGAAGAACUACGCAGUCAACAACAACAUUUUGUCGGCCUUAGCUUCCCUACUAUUUCCAGCGUUGGGCCCAAUGGAGCCAUCAUACAUUACAGGCCUCUGCCUGAGACCAACAGGACCCUCACCGUAAAUGAAGUUUACCUGAUUGACUCUGGAGCUCAGUACAUCGAUGGCACAACUGAUGUAACUCGCACCAUGCAUUUUGGGACACCGUCUGCUUACGAAAAGGAAUGCUUCACUUACGUACUAAAGGGACACAUUGCUGUCAGUGCUGCUGUUUUCCCUAAUGGAACCAAAGGCCACCUGCUGGACUCGUUUGCAAGAGCUGCCUUGUGGGAGUCGGGUCUAGACUACCUACAUGGCACAGGACACGGCGUCGGCUGCUUUCUUAACGUUCACGAGGGGCCUUGCGGCAUCAGCUACAAGACCUUCGCUGAUGAACCUCUUGAGGCGGGCAUGAUUGUCAGCGAUGAACCGGGGUAUUAUGAAGAUGGAGCUUUUGGUAUUCGUCUUGAAAACGUGGUUCUUGUUGUACCAACUAAGCCUAAAUACAAUUACAGAAAUCGAGGUAGCUUGACGUUUGAACCCUUGACUCUGGUUCCCAUUCAAGUCAAAAUGAUGAACACAGAGCUGCUCACUCAGAAGGAGCGGGACUGGGUCAAUGAGUACCACAGAACGUGUCGUGAGGUAAUAGGAGCGGAGCUGGAGCGUCAGGGCAGAAAAGAGGCGAUGGAGUGGCUCGUCCGAGAGACCAGACCCAUCGCGUGAUGCACCAAUCUGGCCUGAAGUACUGUACCAUCCAUUGUUGUGCAGUGAUUACUGUUUGUACACGUCUCAUCUUGGUGUCACCUCUUUUGUAACACAUCGUAUAGAGUUUUAUUAAAGAUUAGUGAAAAUCA